AUGGCGGGUGCGUCCACGGCCUUGCCUCUCUCGCUUCUCUCCAGAGAUGCUCAGCGCCUUCCCCAGUCUCCUUCGUCCCCAACCGCUUCCGACCUCCAUUCACUUUCGUCUGCCUCCUCACGCCUUCCGGAAGGCCCCGAAGGAGCCUCGCAACCCAAGCCGUGGCCGCUCUGUUGCAUGCCGCUUUUCCUCACAGAAAAUCCUCUCUUCAACGCAGGUUUUGGCCUCGCAGUCCUAGGAACCGGCGCCGCGCUCGCGCGUCGCAGCUGGCAAGGCCUCCAGGCUGUUGCUCGGCGGCAGCUUCUCACUUCUCUAGAAAUCCCUGUCCGCGAUCCUGCCUAUCCAUGGGUCAUGCAGUGGCUGGUCUCCCGAGGCAGCUUGGCCCACCAUCUCGGCAUCUCGACCGAGUAUUGCAAGGACAACGCCGGAAAUGUCCAGGCGGUCUUCAACUACAUUCCUAGUCCAGGCAGGCACGUGAUGCGCUACAAAAACGCCCCGCUGGUCAUCGAGAGAACGCGGUCUGGUGAGACCAUGGAUUUCCAAACGGGCACGCCCUGGGAAACUCUCACUCUGCAAACCUUCGCCUUCCAGCGCCACAUCAUACAGGAAAUCCUGGAAGAGGCGCGCCGGAAUGCCCUCGCGAAGGAAGAGGGGAAGACGGUGAUUUUCCGAAGCGUCGCGUCCGAGUGGCGAAAAUAUGGCGAACCAAAGACAGUCCGUCCUUUCGAUUCCGUCGUGUUGGCGGACGGCGUGGCAGAGCAAGUCUAUGCGGACGUUCUGAGCUUCUUGAAGUCGUCGCAGUGGUAUCUCCAGAGGGGCAUUCCUUACCGGCGAGGCUAUCUCCUUCAUGGUCCCCCAGGGUGUGGCAAAAGCAGCUUCGUCAUGGCGCUCGCGGGGAAACUCAAGUACAACAUUUGCGUCAUGAAUGUAGGGGACCCGCUCAUGACGGACGACCGUCUUCAGUACCUUCUCGCGACGGUCCCGCCGCAGUCGAUUUUGCUCCUCGAAGACAUCGACGGGGCUAUACAGCGGUCGGAGUCGGCGCUUGGAGGGAACAGUGCGGAAGACCGGAAGGGGGCAAAUCCGUACGGCAUGCGCGGCGUGACAUUUAGUGGACUUCUGAAUGCUCUGGACGGGAUCGUGGCAACGGAAGAGCGUGUGACCAUCAUGACCACAAACCACCCUGAAAGACUUCCGGACUCCCUCAUUCGUCCUGGUCGCGUCGACAUCAAGGUCAGAGUUGGAUACGCGACGCGUCCUCAGCUGCGGAGGCAGUUUCUCCGGUUUUUCCCGGGAGAACAAGCGGCAGCUGACAAGUUCGAAGAGAUUCUCAGUGGGAUUCAACUUUCUAUGGCAGAACUACAAGGGUUCUUUUUAUUCUGCAAAGACAAUGUUGACCAGGCUUUGGCAAUGGCUGAAUCAUGGAAGAAGGCAGAUGACGAAGCCCGAGCAGCGGUGAUGCGAGAGCGCGAAGCGGACAAAAGCAAAGCGAGAGCGGAACUGGAAAACCUCGUAGUCCAGCAAAACAGCGCCCACACAGGGGGAGCGACGAGUGGAAAUGAUCAGUCUGAUCUUCGCCAGAAGCCGAGUGCCUCCUGA